AGUAUGUUGAAUUUUCAAAUUAGUAUGUUGAAUUUUCAAGUUAGUAUGUUGAAUUUUCAAGCUAGUAUGUUGAAUUUUCAAGUUAGUAACAUGAAUUUUCAAGUUAGUAUCUUGAAUUUUCAAGCUAGUAUCUUGAAUUUUCAAGCUAGUAUGUUGAAUUUUCAAGUUAGUAUGUUGAAUUUUCAAGUUAGUAUGUUGAAUUUUCAAGUUAGUAUGUUGAAUUUUCAAGUUCGUAUGUUGAAUUUUCAAGUUAGUAUGUUGAAUUUUCAAGCUAGUAUGUUGAAUUUUCAAGUUAGUAACAUGAAUUUUCAAGUUAGUAUCUUGAAUUUUCAAGCUAGUAUCUUGAAUUUUCAAGCUAGUAUGUUGAAUUUUCAAGUUAGUAUGUUGAAUUUAGUAACUUGA